AUGCACGACCAUCGGUACAACACAAGAUCCAAGGUCCCAGGCUCUGGUCCUGAACCCAGCGGCAGCAGCGACCCAUCGCAGAAGACAACCAAGAAGACCUCACAGCUCCCGGCCACCAAACAGCCAGAUCCCCAGAAGAGAGCGACGCGACCAAAGUUCCAAGCAACCUCUUCAGUCUCAGCCUUGACUGCCCCCGUACCAGGAGAGGCAACACCCAGGUUGUUCACCCUUCCAGAUGAGCUCCAGACGAUCAUCUACAAGCACCUUGUCCUCGAACCCCUAUGCAUCUGGAUCCGCGUUUUCCUAGCCAGCCGAACGGAGAAGACUGAUUGUUGGAAAAUCCGCACCGCGGUCCAGCAACGGCACAAGGACAAACCCGCUCUUCUCUCAGUCUGCAAGUACCUCCGCAGCUUCGCGUCUCCCAUUUACCUCGCCGGCAACACUUUCGCAGUGGUCUCGACCGAUUGGAAGCCCCAGAACAUCGAGAUGCUGCGGAAGAUGUGGGGAGAGUGUGUGAAGCACAUUCGGAGCAUCGAAUACAUGAUCACAGUCUCUGUCCGCUUCGUCGAUCGCGAGAACUUCCCUCCGCCAGGACGCAACAAGAGCGAGUAUGUUGGUGUCGGGAUCAACAUCAAGCUUCUGCAAAGCGGCACGCUUGUGUUCAAGGUGAGCAGCUCUGGCUCGAGGGAAUCAGAGAAUCUGCCCAGUGGAGAGAUUUGCCAUUGCGCAUUGGACAGGAUCGCAUUGACUCUGCGCAACGAAGCCACCGACGACCGCCGCUUGUUUGAAAUGAUGGCAGAGUGCAAGAAAUAUCAUAGAGCCACGGCUUCUGGUGGAGAGUGUUCUCGUUGCAGUCUGCCGGCGCUGACCAACAUCGAUCUGCGUCGCUGA